CAGGUGCGAAGGAGGGAAGAGAAGAAAGCAAGCGAGUAGGGGGGCGGGUACCACCCUCACCAGACUCGCCGGCACAUUACUGGCCCCAGCGAGGAGACGGGAAGGAGCCGCGACCCAGCUACGCAAAGGAUUCGGAAGUUCCAGAUCUCAGUCUUCAACUUCCAGUCUCUCCCAAACACACCAGAAAACAUGCUGUGAUCAAUCUGUCCUCCAGCCAGCAUCACCACGCAGGAUGCUCCAUGAUGAAACGCCACAGGCGACUCAGCAGCAGUGACAGUUCGGAUGAGAGUCCUUCCACUUCCUUUACUUCUGGCUCAAUGUAUAGGAGCAAGUCAAAAAUCCCAAAUCAACACAAAAAACCUGCUGAGGAAAUGAGAAUCAAAAUGGUUCACUACAAAAAAUCAACUAAACCCAAAAGAAGGCAGUAUGGGAGGAAACGAGGGACAAAAAAGGUACAAGACACAUGGAAUAUAAAUAGCAGAAUAGCAGAAGUAUUCCGGAAGGACCUCAUCAGUGCCAUGAAAAUUCCAGAUUCUCACCACAUUAACCCUGACAACUAUUACCUCUUUGCGGAUACAUGGAAGGAAGAAUGGGAAAAGGGAGUCCAGGUACCAGCCAGUCCAGACACUAUUCCACAGCCUUCCCUCAGGAUUAUAGCCGAGAAGGUAAAGGAAGUUCUGUUCAUUCGGCCCCGGAAGUACAUCCACUGCUCCGGCCCAGAGCCAGCAGAGCCUGGCUACAUCAACAUCAUAGAGCUGGCAGCAUCCAUGUGCCGCUAUGACCUAGAUGACAUGGAUAUCUUCUGGCUCCAAGAACUGAAUGAAGACCUUGCAGAAAUGGGUUGUGGGCCAAUUGAUGAGAAUCUUAUGGAAAAGACAGUAGAAGUCCUGGAACGCCAUUGCCAUGAAAAUAUGAACCAUGCUAUUGAGACAGAGGAAGGGCUAGGCAUAGAGUAUGAUGAAGAUGUGAUCUGUGAUGUGUGCCGGUCUCCAGACAGUGAAGAAGGGAAUGAUAUGGUAUUCUGUGAUAAGUGUAACGUCUGUGUACAUCAGGCCUGCUACGGCAUCCUCAAGGUUCCAGAAGGCAGCUGGUUGUGUCGCUCUUGUGUCCUGGGCAUUCAUCCACAAUGUCUCUUAUGUCCAAAGAGAGGUGGGGCCAUGAAGACCACCAGGACAGGGACUAAAUGGGCUCAUGUCAGCUGCGCCCUGUGGAUUCCAGAGGUCAGCAUUGCUUGUCCUGAGAGAAUGGAGCCAAUCACAAAGGUCUCCCACAUCCCGCCCAGUCGGUGGGCCUUAGUUUGCAACUUGUGUAAGUUGAAGACAGGGGCUUGUAUUCAGUGCUCAGUGAAAAGCUGCAUCACUGCCUUCCAUGUCACCUGUGCCUUUGAGCACAGCCUAGAGAUGAAGACCAUCCUUGAUGAGGGAGAUGAAGUGAAGUUCAAGUCGUACUGCCUCAAGCACAGCCAAAACAAGCAGAACCCCCUGGUAGAAGCUGAGUACCCCACACACAGGGCUGCAGAGCAGAGCCAGGCCAAAAGCGAGAAGACCAGCCUGCGGGCACAGAAGCUUCGGGAGCUGGAGGAGGAGUUCUAUUCCCUGGUCCGUGUGGAAGAUGUGGCCACAGAGCUGGGGCUGCCCACACUGGCUGUGGACUUUAUCUACAACUACUGGAAACUGAAGCGGAAAAGUAACUUCAAUAAGCCGUUAUUUCCUCCAAAAGAAGAUGAAGAAAAUGGCCUGGUGCACCCAAAAGAGGAAAGCAUUCACACCCGCAUGAGAAUGUUUAUGCACCUCCGACAGGAUCUGGAAAGGGUCCGAAAUCUGUGCUACAUGAUAAGCAGGCGAGAGAAGCUAAAACUGUCACACAGCAAAAUACAAGAACAGAUCUUCAGUUUGCAAGUCCAGCUUGUUAACCAGGAAAUUGCUGCAGGACUUCCUUUGACAAGUGCGCUAGAAAACUCACUAUUUUACCCACCACCAAGGAUUACCUUAAAGUUAAAAAUGCCCAGAUCAACCCUGGAAGACUGCAAAAACAGCUCCACAGAGCCUGAUCAAGGACCCCUCUCAACUGAUAGCGGCUCCCCUGUUGUCAAUAGAAGGAGCAUGCAGGUGCCUCAGGAGUCACUAGGAAUUAGAGUGAAAUCAUACCCAAGGCAUCCACUAGAGAGCAAGAAUAACUGUUUGCUGGCCAGUCUCAGCCAUUCUAGGAGUGAAGCAAAGGAUUCCAGUCCUGCUUGGAAAACUGCAUCUCCAGAGUUCUAUCGUGGGCAGUCGCUGGGUAAGCCUCUGGUCCUUCAGGCUGCCCUGCAUGGACAGUCUUCCAUUGGGAACGGGAAAAUUCAGCCAAACUCCAGGCUUGCCAAGUCCAAUGGCCUGGAGGGCAGUUUGUCUGGAGAAGUCACCCAAAAAGACAACUCAAGUGAGAUGUCCUGUGGCCAGGAGUCCAUGCUCAGCUCCCACUUGGCCAGUCAGGGCAGCUUUAGAAAAUCUACCAUAGAACACUUUAGCAGGUCCUUUAAGGAGGCCACCAACAGGUGGGUGAGGACCACAGAGGACCUCCAAUGCUGCGUGAAGCCAACCAAGGUUAGCCCCAAGGAGCAGCUCUGGGGUAAGCAGCUUCUCAGGCGGUCUGCAGGGAAAGCUCCAUAUCAGGAAAAUGACGGGUAUUGCCCAGAUUUGGAGCUGAGUGAUUCGGAAGCAGAAAGCGAAGAGAAUAAAGAGAAAGUGAAGCUAAGGAGAGACAGCUCAGACAGGGAAAAUCCUCCCCGUGACUCCAAACAGGAUUGCCAUGGUAAAAACAAGCCUCGUCUGCUUUCCCAUAGUUCAAUGCAAAGGUGAUUAGAAACUUUCAAGGAUAACACGACCUUUGCCUUUGGGGAAAACCCACACACCAAAAGGACUCUAGCAUAUGUUAGGAGGAAUUGCAGUUUAACUUUUCCACAGUACAUUGGCUUGCAGUUUUUCAAGUCUAGUUUUCACAAGCACAUGGUAGGAAUUGCAGAUUAUCUGGUUUGUUUUUGUUUUUGUUUUUGUUGUUUGUUUUUUGGUCAGAGGCUAUGGGGAUUUGCUGGGCCCAGAGUAUUUACUCACUAAAUACUCUGGGGCUGCUUUCCAGUUAUAUUAACAUAUUGGUGAGCAUAUGUAUUAAGAGUCCUUACAUUAUUAGUGGGAUUUGCAAGGGACUAUGAUUAUCAGACACUAAAACUACUUAUCUUUUGAAGCUACAGCCCCUAUAUACAGGAAGCUUCUAACUCCACUGGUAUCUGUAAACCUUCUUCAGGGAGACACCAGGAGACCAGUUAUCUGACAUACUGUUAAAUUCACUACCCCCUUCCUUUGCUCUGCACAAGGUUGGGUUCCUUUCACAGUUAUCUUAACUUACUGAGUCAAUACUCUACUAAUGCUUAUAGACAUCCAGUGCCUGUGCCUAGACUUUCUUGUCGGGGACGCACUUGUAACUAUUUGACCCAGCUAACAAGCAUAGAAGGUUAACUUGUGGAUAGUGUUUACCAAAGUAGAUGUUCUACUUCCAAGGAAAAUGCUCUCAUUCUCUCUGUUUAGGCAAUUGUAAAGGAUCCCAGAGCCUUUCCCAAAAUGAGACUAUCUCUGGGGUAUUUGUACCAGGUCGGGGUUUUUGUGUUGUUGUUUUCAAAUACAUUUGACUAAAAUAAGUUUGGCUGUCAGUUUUGUAUACCUGUUUUAAUGUUUAUAUGAUUUUUAAUGAGGUAUAAUUAAGAUAUACUAAAAUCGACAGAGGUUAAGUAUUCUUACCUGCUUAAUUUUGAGACAGAUUUUUAUUUUCAAACAAUUUGAAAGCAUGUGAUUAACCCAUGAAUAUAAUUUAGCUUUGUAUCGACCUUGAACCAGAGGCAGUUUCCCAAACAAAAAAGGCUGAAGCUGUUUUUUAGAAGUUGCGUAUAGCCUGUUCCCAAACUGUCAACCUUGGUUAAUUUCUGGGAGGAAGGGAAUAAGUGCAUUUUAGGGAAAUAGAAACCUGUCUGCUUCCCGUUCAAAGAAGGGGAAAAUGUUGCAAUUUUAAACAUGUGACACAGACUGUAAUUCUCAGCUUUCUUGUCUUCUUAGCCUUAAAUUAAUAUUCUCUUUCUUCUGGUUUGGGAAAGAGUAGAGAGAAUUUUUGGAUAAAAGUGGCCUGUUUUAGAAUUUUCUAAGUUUCUUACUGGUGAAACAGCCCAGCUGCAGUAGAUGCCGGUUAGUAAGGACAGGAGAUCCUCUCUUGAUCGAUAUGGAAAACUCAGCAGUUUUCCAUUCCCUUGCCUUUGCUCUUGUAGCCUUGAUAAUGAUUUCCUUUGCUUUUUGUUUGCUCCUUUUCUUGGCUGCUUCUGUAUUUCACCUCUCCUUUGGCUGCAUCUUCAAAAUGUUUCUUUUGUGCCUGUAUGUAUAUGUGAAGAUGCCAUAGCAUGUGUGGUGGGUUUCCUGUAUUUUGUUUGAAUGGAAAAAGCUAUGGAUCAUCCAAAAUGAAGGAGAGAAUUCCCUCUACUUGCACAUAGAUUUCUGUGCUUUUUCUUUGAGUUCUUUUUGAGUAAACAAUAACUUGACACCCUCAUGGUAAUGAAACUAUGGUGGAGCUGUAUCGUGAACUUAUGUUAGAGGCCAGUGCAGUAGCCUUUAUCCUUUCAUGCCUUUCCAUUCUGAGUGAGUGGGCAGAAAAACAAACAUUGAAACAGUGUUUCAGCCAAAUUUCAUAUGUAAUGCCAUUGGGAGAGUAUUGACUAAAAUAAUUCCAGUCAGGGAAAUAUAGUUGUGAUAUUUUUACAGAAUUUUCCUAGGUAAAUGAAGGAGCCUUCAGUUGUGUAAAUUUCAAUUGUCCCAAAAUGUAUUUACUACAGUUUGCUGUUGUUUGAAGAAUUACCUCUUAACCUUGUUUAUUAAUUUGUUUUUCAUUUUGUCUUAUAUAGUCCAAUUUUCCAAGAUAAACUCAGUCUUUUUUUAAUGUCACCUUUUUACCAGUACUUUUUUU